UUUUCCUAAUUUCUGUGUUCUUGAGGUUGCCUCCGUACCAGCGAUGGCAAACUGAACGCCCUCCACGUUUAGCAUGUGCAUCAAAUCCGAAAAGUAGCGAGGCAAAACCAAUGUAAGAAGCUUCGGUUAAAGCCUACUUGUCCCUAUCAACUCCGCCGUGCUAAAGUGUGGACUGUUAGCCAAACCAAUCAAACCCGGCGAACUGACGAACACUUUGGUAGUAAGCUCAGUUACGUGCCCUCUAGUCAACGCUUCUUGCUGAUUGUCGUUAGCUGAUUGCUACAAAAGGAUCAAAGUAUAAUUGUGCGAGUGAUUGUUUACGUACGAAAACCAUCGAAGCAGUCUUCUGGUCGCCAUAAGCCGCAGCAGGAUACAAUGGAGCACCUAGCAAAACUGCGGAUAAACCUAGAGAAGCAGGAAAGCCUUAUCAAGCUGGCCAUCCUGACCACUGCUGCUAUCUUAUCUUUCUCGACGCGGCUCUUUUCCGUGCUACGCUUCGAGAGCGUUAUCCACGAGUUCGAUCCGUACUUCAACUAUCGCACGACAAAGUAUCUUGCCGAACAGGGUUUCUACAGCUUCCACAAUUGGUUCGAUGAUCGUGCCUGGUAUCCGCUGGGACGCAUCAUCGGCGGGACCAUCUAUCCGGGUCUCAUGGUUACAUCGGCCACACUGUACCGCAUUAUGUGGCUGCUGAACAUUACCGUGGACAUUCGCAAUGUGUGCGUGUUUCUCGCACCGUUCUUCUCGUCACUGACCACCAUCGUAACAUAUCUACUGACAAAGGAGGUACACAGCACAGGGGCAGGUCUGGUGGCCGGUGCGAUGAUUUCUAUCGUUCCCGGCUACAUCUCUCGCUCGGUAGCUGGUUCCUACGAUAACGAGGGAAUCGCCAUCUUUUGCAUGCUGCUCACGUACUACACAUGGAUCAAGGCGAUCAAAACGGGUGCAAUAUUGUGGGCCACGCUGGCGGCCCUUGCUUACUUCUACAUGGUUUCCUCGUGGGGCGGAUACGUUUUUCUGAUCAACUUGAUUCCACUGCAUGUGCUGGCCCUCAUGGCCACGGGUCGCUUCACACACCGCGUCUAUAUCGCGUACAGCACGCUCUACACGAUCGGAACCAUUCUCUCGAUGCAGAUCUCAUUCGUUGGCUUUCAACCGGUACAGAGCUCGGAGCACAUGCUCGCCUUUGGCGUCUUUGGCCUCUGCCAGCUGCAUGGCCUGGUGGACUACGUGCGGUCGGUGGUUUCGAAAGAACACUUCGACACCCUCUUUCGGGCGCUCGUCAUUUCGAUCGCCACAGUAGCGGCCCUGCUGGGCCUCGUGCUAACGGUCACGGGCAAAAUAUCGCCAUGGACCGGUCGCUUCUACUCUUUGCUUGAUCCUUCGUACGCCAAAAAUCACAUCCCCAUCAUCGCGUCCGUGUCCGAGCAUCAGCCCACGUCCUGGUCGUCGUUUUACUUUGAUCUUCAGAUACUGGUUUUCCUUUUUCCGGCCGGGCUUUACUUCUGUUUUGCCAAGCUGACCGAUGCAAACAUCUUCAUCAUCUUGUACGGCGUAACGAGUAUCUACUUUGCCGGCGUGAUGGUGCGCCUGAUGCUGGUGCUUGCCCCUGUCAUGUGUAUACUCUCCGGAAUCGCCGUAUCGCAGCUCAUGAUGAAGUACAUCAGGAACGUCGAUGUUGGCGGUUCGGUUACCGGCAGUGGUGGUGGUGGUGGUGGCGGUGGCGGCGGCGGCGGCGGAGAAAGUGCGUCUAGCCGUAAGGCGAAGGCACGCGCUUACGAACAGCAAACGCCAGUGAAACCGGAAGUGGCGAUUGGGUUCGUGCUACUGGUAACCUUCCUACUGGUCACCUAUACGUUCCACUGCACAUGGGUUACUUCGGAAGCGUACAGCUCACCGAGCAUCGUACUGAGCGCCCGAUCGCACGACGGCGGACGGGUCAUUUUUGACGAUUUCCGUGAAGCCUAUUACUGGUUAAAGAUGAAUACGCCCGAGGAUGCUCGCGUAAUGUCGUGGUGGGAUUACGGGUAUCAAAUUACCGCUAUGGCCAACCGCACUAUUUUGGUUGAUAACAACACAUGGAACAAUACACAUAUCUCACGCGUCGGCCAAGCGAUGGCUUCGACGGAGGAGCGGGCAUAUGAAAUCAUGAAAGAGCUCGAUGUGGACUACGUGCUUGUAAUCUUCGGUGGCCUUACUGGGUACUCGUCCGAUGACAUCAACAAGUUCCUGUGGAUGGUCCGUAUCGGUGGAAGUACGGACCGUGGCGCACACAUUCGCGAGAUGGACUAUUACGCACCGAGUGGAGACUUCCGCAUCGACAAGGAGGGUUCACCGACGCUGCUUAACUGCCUCAUGUACAAGAUGUGCUACUAUCGCUUCGGUCAGGUGUACACUGAGGGUGGUAAAGCUCCGGGAUACGAUCGGGUGCGGGGUGCCGAAAUAGGUAACAAAGAUUUUGAAUUGGAUGUUCUCGAAGAAGCGUACACCACCGAGCACUGGUUGGUGCGGAUCUACAAAGUGAAAGAUCUUAGCAAUCGGGGCGUUUAGAUUAUAGCCUGCGGUACCGCUCAAAUAAUGUGGUUUCUAUCGACAUCAUCUCUUCAACCGCGCACCUUACUUUCAUCAUGCUUUAUACGAACCGGUGUCUGUCACUCGCCGUUCAUCGCAUAAAAGCGUCAUUCGCCAUUGUUCCAGUGCUUAAAAGGAUACGUUUUGUUGUCUUUGUUGAGGGCCUCCACCCUAACCCGUCCAAGGUGUAGGCGAGAUGCAAUCCAUUACUCCAUUCCUUCACUGCAAUAUAGUGCCACCUAGCACAGUGCUGGCCUUACGAGAGACACUCCCACAGCGCACAUCGAAAAAAAAAACCAUUUCUCCGCCGUGCUAGUUGCACUUUAAGCCAACGAAAGCAUUUCUCAGGGCGUUUCACAUUUUUUCA